AUGAGGGGCACCCCUAAAAACCGUCCGAAGAGCCACCAGCAGGCUCAAUUCUCCGACAGUCCCUCUGGCAUCCCUCGUCCCGCCCUCGAACAUCAUAUUUCUCAGACUGACGGUGCCUCAACGCUCAGCGCCAGUCGCGCGAAGCAAACGAAGCGAGAUGAGGCAAUUCGCCGCAAGAUUGAGGGGGACCUGAACAAGAAGAAGAACCUUGGAGGCCGUGUCCGCCAGUCAAAGAAAGCACCACCGGGUACUGUCCUCGCUCUCAAGCCGAGCCCGGCGCUACAGAUCAAGCCCAACACGACCGUCGCCGAAGCCGCCCAGCUGAUGGCAGCCAAGAGGGAGGAUUGCGUCUUGGUCACAGAUGAUGAUGACCGCAUUGCCGGUAUCUUUACUGCAAAAGAUCUGGCCUUCCGCGUGGUUGGUCAGGGUAUCAAAGCUCAGAGUAUCACUAUCGAGGAGAUCAUGACCAAGAACCCGCUUUGCGCGAAGACGGAUACAAGUGCUACGGAUGCUUUGGAUCUCAUGGUUCGGAAAGGCUUCCGCCAUUUGCCAGUCAUGGACGAGAACCAUGAUAUUUCUGGCAUCCUGGAUAUCACCAAGUGCUUCUACGAUGCUAUGGAGAAGCUCGAGCGGGCCUAUAGCUCAUCACGGAAAUUGUACGAUGCUUUGGAGGGUGUACAGGCAGAGAUGGGCUCAAGCCAGCCACAACAGAUCAUUCAGUACGUUGAGGCCAUCCGACAAAAGAUGUCUGGUCCUACGCUCGAGUCGGUCCUGAACGGACUGCCACCGACCACUGUCUCGGUGCGAACAUCAGUCAAGGAGGCUGCUACUCUGAUGAAGGAGAACCAUACGACUGCUGUUCUGGUGCAAGACCAAGGUCAAAUUACCGGGAUUUUCACCAGCAAAGAUGUUGUGCUUCGUGUCAUCGCGGCCGGGCUUGACCCUGCAACUUGCAGUGUUGUGCGUGUCAUGACUCCACACCCCGACUUUGCGCCCAUGGACAUGAGUAUUCAGGCAGCGCUCCGAAAAAUGCAUGAUGGCCACUACUUGAACUUGCCUGUUAUGAGCGAGGCUGGAGAGAUUGUUGGCAUGGUCGACGUCUUGAAGUUGACCUAUGCUACCCUAGAUCAGAUCAACAACAUCAGCACGCAGGACGGUGAAGGUCCUGCCUGGAAUAAGUUUUGGUUGUCGCUGGACAAUGAGACUGAAUCAAUGAUGUCCGGCGAGGGACGAAGCAAUGUUGCGCCUGGCACUCCCGACCAUCGCUCGAUGAUGUCCCAUGACAUGGUCCGACCCCAUCUUAUGGAUCGUGGAGAUAGCGUCCUACCGAACGACUCGGCCUCUCACGUUGGAAAUUCGCCGGAUGCUUCUGCCUUAGGUGGCGCACCAGCCACACCUCUGGAGGAUAGCCCUUUUGCAUUCAAAUUCAAGGCCCCUAGCGGCCGUGUGCACCGUCUGCAAGUUGUCGCAUCCGCCGGAAUUGAGGAACUCAUCGCCAGCGUCGCCGCAAAACUUGGAUCGGAGGACGUCGAAGCCCUGGGUGGUAUUCCUACUUUUGAGGACGGAAGGAUAUCCAAGUCUGGAUUCGCCCUCAGCUACCUUGACAACGAGGGCGACACCGUAUCAAUCACCACCAACGAGGACCUUGUCGAGGCGAUCAGCCUGUCUCGUCUGGCACACCGCGAGAAAGUUGACCUCUUCGUACACGAUCCGAAGGACCCGCCUCUGCCCGCUACUGUUGAGCCUCAACCCGCUCUGUCCAAGCCAGUCACUCCUCCUGAUUCGGUCCUGCGGGAACGCAAACAGUUCUUCGAAGAUGACGAGGAAGAACAACCUCGACAAGUCCGACGUCAACCCACAUCCGCCAAGCAAGAAGUCCCCGAGCUCAUCGCUGGCGUGCCUAACGAGUUCCUACUUCCAGGUGCUAUUGCUGGCCUGGCUGUGGUGAUCGUGGCUGUUUUCGCAAUUGGUAGGGCCUCGAGUCGAUAG